CGCCCUCACUUUCCAUAAGAACGUAUGACGGUGAAUCCAAGAAGCUCUGGCAGUCUUUUCACUGGGGGCAGGUCUUUAUAAAAUUACAUUCAGACCAUUUUUUUCCUCAAAAAUCCCAGUUUCCCUGGCGAGAAAGGUCGCAUCCGUGUCGAGUUUAAGUGCACGCGGGUGUUCUGUGGAGUCUGGAUAAACAAUGGACAGUAGCCCAAUCGUGAUUUCAGACGAGGAAGAAGUGAAUUCAGGAAGUGGGACACCAAUGGAGGAGGAUUUUCUCACGGACACCAUCGCGCUCGCCGAGAAGAAGAAAGAUCUGGGCAAUGAGCAGUACAAGGUCAAGAACUAUCAAGCUGCCCUCAAACUCUACUCCGAUGCCAUUCUUCUCUGCCCAAAUCUCCCGGCAUUCUUCGGGAAUCGCGCUGCCUGCCACAUGAUGCUGGGUGACUACAGACAAGCACUCAGCGAUGCAAAACACUCUGUGGAUUUGGAUCCAAACUUCUCCAAGGGCUUCAUACGCAUCGCCAAGUGUUGCCUCAUGCUCGGAGAUCUCGUGGCGACAGAACAAGCAGUGAAGGCCCUGCUGAAUGUGGAGCCAAAGAGUACAGCGCUGAGUAUGGAGGUGAAGAGUGUCCUGCAAUUGCGUGAGCUCGAAGCGAAGGGUGUUGCGUCGUAUGGGAAGAAAGACUAUCGCACGACUGUGUUCCAGAUGGAUAGUGCACUGAAGAUCGCACCGGCGUGCCAGCGGUAUAAAUUGCUGAAAGCUGAAUGCCUGGCAUUGCUGGGAAGGGUGGAUGAGGCAAAUGAUAUUGCUGUGAAUGUCAUGAAGAUGGAUUCAACGGCUGCCGAUGCGGUGUACGUGCGUGGGCUGUGCCUCUACUUUCAGGACAAUCUCGACAAGAGUUUAAUCCACUUCCAGCGUACCCUAUCGCUGGAUCCGGAUCAUCAGAAGGCAAAAGUUUGGCGCACAAAAACGCGACAGCUGAAGGAGAAGAAGGAUCGUGGGAAUGAAUUGUUUAAAUCUGGGAAAUUCCGUGAUGCACAUACAGCGUACACGGAAGCAUUGCAAAUUGAUGAGCUAAAUCGCGAGGUGAAUGGUAAAUUGUACUACAAUCGUGCUCUCAUGUCGUACAAAUUGGACCAGAAGAAGGAUGCCGUGCGUGAUUGCAAUGCAGCACUCAAUAUUAAGAGUGACUAUCUCAAGGCAAUUCUCCUGCGUGCCAAAUGUCACACAGAAUUGGAGGAGUACGACGAGGCGGUGCGUGACUACGAGCAGGCGCUCAAAGUGGAGAAAACGGCGGAGAUUAAGGGACUCCUGCGUGAUGCCAAAUUCGCAUUGAAGCGAUCAAAGCGGAAGGAUUACUACAAAAUUCUCGGUGUCAACAAGAAUGCCACGGAUGAUGAGAUAAAGAAGGCAUACAGGAAGCGUGCACUUAUCCAUCAUCCGGAUCGUCAUGCAAAUUCCACGGAUGAUGAGAAGAAGGAGCAAGAGAAGAAGUUCAAGGAAGUGGGGCAGGCAUACUCAGUGCUCUCUGAUCCACAGAAGAAGGCCCGCUACGACAAUGGGCAUGACAUUGAGGAUUCCGGUGGGGAUUUUGAUCCAACGGAAGCCUUCCAGAGAUUCUUCUUCUCUACAAAUGGUGGUACAUUCAAUUUCCAAUUCCAAUAGACGUAACAUACACAGAAAUUAGGAGGGGGGGAGGUAGAUGAAGAUUUAAAAAAUAAAAUGAGAAAAAAAAUAAGAAAGAAAAACCUCUAUGAGCGUAAAAGUCAAAAUUCCACAAAAUGUAAUACAUACAACCAACUUCCCCCUCCCCCUAAUUAUACUACAUAAUACUACAUACACCCCUGCCCCACUCCCACAAUAUAUUUCCGAAAGUUUUUCCUUCAGCCGUUCGCAGGCAGACGUUGUUUGUGCGCGUAGCUAAGAUAUUGAUGGAUUAAAUGAAUAAAAAAAGGAAAUAAAAAAAUGAA